AUGGAAACUGUAUCGUUAUGUGACGAGGAAGCUCUAGGUGUUGCUUCAGCGAUCACUCCAGUGCCUGGAGGAGUCGGACACAUGACGAUCUUUAUGCUACUAUGCAAUACUUUGGAGGCUGCCAAGCGAAUAUCCAUCUUUAUAAAUGAUAUUAUUGGUGAAGUUGUGAAUGUUGGACCUUCAGAAGAUCUCAUGGCAAAAGGAAAGUCAACAAUUAAGCUGGAAUUAACAAUUCGUGACAUAACUGAUACACGUUUAAUAUGUACGUUGUGGUCUGGGUAUGCAAAGGAAGUAUCAAAUUUCUUUAAAUCUAAUGAAGCAUCAUGUAUUGUCUGUGUUGCUCGAUUUGUUUGUGCGCAAGAAUUCAGAGGAGCUGUUCGUGUUUCUAAUGUAUUCAAUGCCACUGAAAUUCUUUUUGAUCCACAACUACAAGAAGUGCUCGAUUUCAAAUCCAAAUUGCCCAAUGAUGAUUUGGCUAUUAAUAGAGAAAACUUUGAUCCAAAAUCUACGCCUAUAAGAGUAUAUUUAUAUGAUGAGUUUUUCAUUAAAAAUCCAAUAAAAUUAUCGGUGCAUUAA